AUGGACUUCCUACCAUUGCCAGACGGCAUCGAAUCCCAUCUACCCGUCCCCAACUUCGGCGGCCCGGACUUUGACAACGACGGAUUCUUAGGCUACGACGAGCUUCAAGGACCAUUAUGCUUCAGUCUCACUGGAGAUAGCAGAUUUGCUGGCAUGCCAACGACACGGGAAAAGAUUCUUGCUUGUGUAGGCUCGUUCCUUCGAACAUGGAUAUUCUUCGGGAUUUGGCAGGAAGCAUUGAACGGGACGGUCUCGAGGCAAGAGGCAACUGUUGAAGGGCCCAAUGCCAGUGCAGCGGAAAAUCAUACAUGCAAUUCGGGUCGUUAUCUCACUGCGAGAGGUCUCUUCAGAGAAUUUGUGGCCAGGCGCUAUGAGCUGAACGGCAAUUCGGAUUGGGAAAACAAACUGGAACGAUGUCUACAAGAGGCGAAAUGGAUCCUCCAGAAGCUGGAUCGAACAUCAGACAAAGCUGCAAUGCAAUUCGUGCCGCUUUCGGUAUGUCUUGCUUUAUCCACCUUGGUCGAAACACUCGAUAGAUACCGCAUGAUCUGGCUCGAGGACGCUGAAGACGUUAUCCACAACUCGCCUGUCUCAGUGCCGUGCCAGCUACUGGAGAGGAAACUCAUAUCUGAGGAUGGUUGGUAUCCCAGUAUUGUGCAUCGCAUCGGCUCAAGUCUUGGUCUUGUAGGCUUAUACUUCGCCAGCCUUCUCUCUACCUUGAAAGACGGGUUUGACCAUGAGAACUGUUCUUCAAGAUUUGCCAGCGUGGCUGUUAAUGUAGAUGUCGGCAAGUACCUGACUCAACACCUGGCCGAGCUCUGCGAUUGUACAAGGACUGGGUGCGACCAUCUGCAGGCUGAAUGCCCUUGUCAACAUCAGACCAUGCCGAACGCGGACUUAUUCGCGGAAUUCGAGGAUGAACAGUUUCCACUUGUAAGAUUCCAGGACGGCCAGCUCAACAUCGUUAGCUUCCAGCCAGGUAUGCGAUAUGUUGCGAUUUCCCACGUCUGCAGUGAUGGCAGGGGAAAUCCCAGACAGAAUUCAUUGCCCAUAUGUCAACUUCGUUCUAUCCAACAGUAUGUCAUAGCCUUGACCGAGAGUCAAGGGUCGCUCUUCUGGAUAGACACCCUGUGCGUACCCGUGGAGGUACCUCUGCGAAACCUGGCUAUUCUGCGCAUGGCAAAGGUCUAUUCGUCCGCCAGUCCAGUCCUGGUUUUAUCUAGAGAACCUCUCUCCCAGAACGUCCCAUCGUCACCAGAUCACGCCUUAUUUUCCAUCUACUGCUGCCAGUGGAUGUUGCGACUUUGGACAAUACAGGAAGCUUCGUUGACCGAGGAUCUAAAAUUCCAGUUUGCCGAUACCGUGGUCCCAUACACUGCCAAGGAACAUGUCUCGAGGGUCAUGGCUUCAGAAGGCAGCGCCAAUCCCGUUUCUCAACUGCUCGGGCUAUACGCUGCUAUCGCCAUUGGUCAUGCUAAAUUGUCCCUCCAAGCCCUAAGCCGUGAAAAAUACCCGUUCCUAAGGUUUUUGGCAGCUCCCAGUAUCGGCCCACAUCGGGAAGUUAUAGUAUGCGCAUCCAUCCUGCUAGGCUCCGUUCUCGACGUCCCGGAUGAUGUGAAAUGGAAACGUACUGGAAGAAUCAGGAAAAUUUGCCCGCGAGCGUCCUCUGGAUGCUUGGGCCCUGUCUGA